UCAUAGCACGUUUGCGCAGAUCUAACGAUCCCAUUGUCAUCUUAGUCGACGGGCAUUAUGACUUGUCCUGUGACGCGAACAUUGUACGAUGUCGCGGCUGGACUUGAAGUCUGGGAUGAUCGUGGGUACAGAGACAAUGCUGAGGGGGGGCGAGUCAUCAUGGCGGCUGAAAACACAGUGUGUGGAGAAGCUUCUUCAUCGGUUGAAGGACGAAAAGAACCUGAUAAUCGUCGAGGUUGUGCAUGACGAUUGUGGUGCGGUUGACGUCAUCCUACGACGAAUGAACAUUGACUCGCAGAAGUGUAUGUGGCACAAAGCCAAGACUUUGGUGAAACGCUUGCGCGAGGCCGUGCGUGUCACGAAGACUGUCAAGCCAUCUGUGGUGGGCGCUUGCGAACACGUGCACGAGGUGAAGUGUUUCACCAAGAAGGAACUCGAAGUUUGGCAUAAUACGAAGGGUGUGCGCGUGCCGGAGGUGGCUACGAAAAAGAAGGAUGAGAUCGUUGAAAUAAUAUGGGGUAUGUUCUUUCCCAACGAAGCAGGGAAACUGUUGCCAGAUGACAUCGUCGAGAUUGACGCGUUGGAGGCCUUGCAUUACAGUGCGGUGGAGGAGGCGAAGGAAUGGUUGUACGGCGCUUGCAGGAUGCAUGAACGGGCGAGGGAUGAAGACGACGAUAUGUUGGUCUCACAUGUGCUACACCUGGCCAAUCAUUGGGCGGGAGAUCACUCCCUCUGCGAUAAAGAGUUGUCAAACAUGUGCAAGGCGGCCGGCGGUUCGGAGAGAGAGACAUUGUGCAAGGCGGUUGGCGGUUCGGAGAGAGAGUCAUUGUACUUAGGCUUGGAUCCCUGAAUUAAUUAAAGUUUGGACAAGAUUUUCCCUAUAAAAGAAUGCUUUCAAAAUUUCUACUAAACCAGAUAUAAACUUAGACAAAAAAUUAAACUUUGAAAAAUCAGAUUUGACUAAUUCGUUGGUUUUGUAGAAAUUUUCGCCAGCUCCUCCUAUAGAGAAAGUAGCUUUCUAAAAUUUAUAUAAAGCCAAGUAUAACAAAUGAUCCCAGAAAAU